AUCAAAAUAGAUCCCUCUAACUACUUCUUAGUAUAUCUCUGCAAAUAUAAACGAUAUGCAAGGUGGUGUACAAAUAAUAUCUAAGGAAUUGAUAAAGCCAACACCUCAUCCCUUCAAAAACCUCAAGCUUUCAUACAUAGACAGAUCAUUACCAUCUAUUUACAUUCCUUUCAUCUUCUUCUACAACGCCGAUGAACCAACCGGCCUCAACACCUCCAACCAUAUCCAAAUAUCUCAAAUCUUGAAACACUCUCUCUUAGCUACUCUGCCUUCUUUCUACCCGUUGGCCGGCAAGCUCAAACACGAUACGUACGUAGACUGCAACGACAGUGCCUCCGGCUUUGAGUUCGUUGAAGCCAAGGUUCACGCUCAACUCAAAACCACCUUGCAAAGAUCCACCGUGAAAGAUAUGAAGCUUCUCCUCCCUUCGUACUGUACAACUUUCGAUCAUGCUGGACGACCACUUCUCAUCGUGCAGGCCACCUUCUUCGACUGCGGGGGGCUCGCCAUCGCCAUCAGCGUCUCCCACAAGAUCGCCGAUUUCGCCUCUGCGAUUUCUUUCGUCGCUGCCUGGGCGGCAAAAUGCCGAGGCGAAAAGACAGAUAUCCCUCCACCCAUAUUGGGCACAUACCCGUAUUUCCGGCCCUUGAGGAGCGUCCCGUUUUCGCCGUUGAUGAAGUAUUAUAAGCCCAGUGACGAAUUCGUGACGGAGAGAUUCGUUUUCGACAAGAAGAAGAUCGAGAUCCUUCGACACACCGUCACGGCCUCGCCGGAAUCCGCCACAAAAGACCCGUCACGAGUGGAGCUGGUAUCGGCGUUCAUAUGGAAGCAUUUCAUUGCAGCGAGACCGAAGAAUAAGAUAUUCGCCGCACAGAUAGCAGUGAGCCUGAGGCAGAGAACGAACCCGCCCGGGAUUCUGGAAAACGUGUUCGGAAACUGCUUCAUGUCGCCGCUGGCGUUCGGGGAUCCUUCUAGAGAGUUCCACCAUCUGGUGAGCAGGCUGAGGAAGGCGAUACGAAGAGUGAGGGAUGGAUAUAUCACCAAAACGAUGAGUAGAGAGUGUUACGUGAAGGAAAUGGUGAUGCUCGCCGUGCUGAUGGUGACGGGGAAAAUGGAGUGGUGCUAUUUCACCAGCUGGCGGGGGUUCUCUACGUACAAGGUGGAUUAUGGGUGGGGCCAGCCGUGCCGGUUCGCGACGCCGUCCAUGCCGAUCAAGAAUUUGGUGAUUUUGGUCAAUAGCGGCGGAGAUGAUGUUGAAGCAAUAGUCACCAUGCUGCCGGAGGUGGUGCAGGCGGUUGGGGCACAAAUCAAACUCAUUUCCCUAAAUAAUUAGUAAUUUGUUAGGCUACAUAGCUUACUUUCCAUAAUUUCCGAUGCAAAAUCCAAUUAUAAUGUAGUCAUGGCUUGUGAAGGCGUUCUAUUAUUUGGUAUUAGUAUUAAACUGGUUCAAGAUUAUAUAAGAUUGAAUUGGCAAAAAAAUUAUCGAGAUUGAA